GCCUGGGCAAGUCUGGAAAUCGUUACCCCCGAGGGGGGCAGGCCUGGCAGAGGGAGGAGGUGGCCAGAGGGCUGGGACCCUUUGGAAAGGGGGGUGUUCCUCAUGGAUUCCCUGAUGUGCUGAGUGGCCUCUGUCCCUCUUCCCCUCUGGGUCUCUGUUCCUCUAAUUCUGGGUAUCUGUCCCCAUCUCUGGGGUCUCAAUGUCCCCAAAACUCUGAACUUUCCUCCCUUUCUCCUUCCCCACUUUCUUCUCUCCUCUCUCUUGGCCUUUCCCCUCCAUUUCUCAGUUUCUCUCUUGAGGUCCCUGUCCUUCCAAGCUGGGGUCUCUCUCCAUCCAUCCACAUGUCUGCAGGACCUCCAUUGGCUGGCUUCAGUGUGGGCGGGUUCUGUUACCUGGGGCAACCGCAACAACAAGCCUGCUCCUGCUUAGCUACGGGUUGGGAGUGGGACCAUGGCCGGUGGGACCCUACCUCUGAGCUAUGGUCCCCCAUCUCAGGCACCGAGGUGCCUGGAUCCUGGCCCAACUGGCAUCUCACCAGCAGUGGGGUCGGCCACCACAUUACCCCGGCCGUGCCCUUUCCCCCACCCACUGUGAAGUCCACGGUUGCGGAGCCCCUGCCCCCGGCCGCAAAGCGGGAUUUGCACAUCUGGGCUUUUGAUGAGGUCAUCAGCAGAUGGGAGACGACUUCUGGCUCGGCUUACGUGCCCAAGACUCACGGCGGGUCCUACACGCAGCCCAGGGCCCCAGGGCCAGAGGACCCGACGCGAGCUAUGGGGAUCAAGGAUUUAGGGGAAAAGCUCAGACACCGCGGCGGACGCCUCCCUCUGACCACAAGGCACCGGUGCAGUGAGACUAAGGCACAGUACACCGGUUGGCCCGGGUUGGACCAGCGCGCCCCCUUCUACGUCGGGCCCCAGCCCCUGGAGCUUGCGGACCACCACCGCGGGGGCCCUUCCCAGGCUCUAAUCCCCUGGACCAAGAACCCCGAGCUGGCCGGCCGGCCUUUCACAGUGUCCGACCAGGGCAUCCUGGACCGCCGUCAGAUCUAUCUGACCACCUCGGCCCAGGACUUCCGGGCCUACUGGAAGAAAGAAUUGUCUGAAUGUCCCCGCAAGGAUUCGCUGACCUCCUGGAGCCUCGAGGAGACACCCCAGGCCUGGGGCCAUGACCCGCGGGGGCUGCCCUAUCUGCGCUCUUCUCGGCAGCCUGGGCCGCAGGGGAUCCGCGUGCCCCGUGCCCGCCCGGUCACGCCAGCCGUGCCGCACCGCGGGGCGUUGUCUCUAGCUCAGGAGUCCUACAGUUCCCCGCUGCACCCACUCCGCCGGCUGGACCGUUUCUGCCCGCUGGAGCUGCCCUGGGGCGGCCCCCACCGGAAGCCGGUGUCAGGCAUCUACAGCGUGCCGCAGGCUUAUCGCACCGAGUACUCCGCCUACGGCAACCUGAAGCGCGCGCUGGUCUGAGCAGGCCCGGCCAGCCCCGCCCCGGACACGCCCCCAAGCUGGGUGCGGGGCCAAGCCUAGCGGAGGGCGACUGGGGCGCGCCGGGAGGGUCUAAGACCGGGAACCCCGCCCAUCGUGGGGGGCACGGAGCCUGGGACGACCCCUCGAUUUGGGGGGCGGGCCUGAGCCUGGAAAAUUAACUCUGGGGCUGUGGGCCAGCGGCGGUUCUUACCAAUGACCAGAUAAAUGGCUGAAACAAC